AACUUCCUGCGUGAGGAGAAGCGUGCCAACCUCCAGUUUGAAAUCAGUCUCUUCUCAAGCGAGAGGCGCAGAGCGCAAGACCUCUUGAAAUAAUCCACCUCAUCUUUACGGAUAUCUACACAUUUUCUUGUAACCACGGCUUCAAAGGUGGACAGCGUGUUUUCCGCUCUAUCCCUGCAUUUCUUCAAGAAAGAAAUGGAAGAGGGCUCCAGUUCUCCGGUCUCCCCUGUGGAUAGUCUGGUGACCAGCGAGGAGGAGCUGGACAGACAGCAGAAACGCUUCGCGAGGAAGAGGAGACACAGCAAAAAGUCGAGCGAAGACAGCAGCGGCAGCAGCCCGGGGCCGGUGAAACGGGGGAAGAAACCGAGUCCGAGUAGCAACCAGUCGUACGAGGAGCUGCAGAACCAGCGGGUCUUGGCCAACGUGCGGGAGCGGCAGCGGACUCAGUCUCUUAACGAGGCCUUUGCGUCUUUACGCAAAAUCAUCCCCACGCUGCCGUCGGACAAAUUGAGCAAGAUACAGACGCUGAAGCUCGCCUCCAGAUACAUUGACUUUCUGUGUCAGGUGCUGCAGAGCGACGAGAUGGACAACAAGAUGUCCAGCUGCAGCUACGUUGCGCACGAAAGACUCAGUUACGCGUUCUCCGUGUGGAGGAUGGAGGGCGCUUGGUCUAUGUCAGCAUCUCACUAGCAGCCACAGACCUUCACUUAAAUGCCAAAGCGACUGUUUACUUCAACAAAAGACCAAAGGGAUUAUUGAAGAACCCAUCGACCUCAAAGGCAUGGCGGGGAGACGUAAUGUGACCCACAAACUCUUGGGGAGUGUGUGUUGUGUGUGUGUGUGUGUGUGUGUGUGUGUGUGUGUGUGUGUGGAUGCAGAUUCAUCAUCACACUGCCUCUGACUGUCUGGAGCUGUUUGUGGCAGAGAAGAGAGAGAGGGGGGGAAAAGGAGACAGACCUGCAAUGUGUAUAGCUCGGCCUGCAACCAAAGCCAUCCUUUAAAAAAGAAGGAUAUAUAUUUUGUUUUUCAAAGACUUUAAAACCAAAGUAUAAAUAUAUAUAAAAAAUGCAUAUUGUACAUACCUGUGUACCUAUAGCCUGUAAAAGGGACCAAUGCAAUUUAGAGUCUUUUGCUGCAUGGAUUUAUUUCACCGACUUUCUUUAGUGUCCAGACUCCGUCCAAUGUACUUUUUUUUGUUUGUUUUUUUGUUUUUGCUUAUUUAUUAAAACACAUAUUUUUGAACUAAAAA